AUGGAUACGGUCAGGGUACACAAAGAAAUCGAAGGUGUCAAAACCUAUUACUUUGCCCCACUUCUCAAGUAUAUCUUGGAAAAUGAGCAAAAAUUGAUUGAAAGUGAAGAUGUCAACCAAUUUGCCGCAUUCAUUUUGGGAUUGACGAACAACUUCCCACAGGCAAAUGACUUUCAAUCAAUUCUCAUCCCCGAAAAUCCGAGUAACGAUGAGCUAAUUGCCGCCAUCGAUACAUUCUGGUCAUUUGGAAAUGAUUAUCUGGGAACCGCUCGGAUUCUUGGUGAUAGAUUGGUUGCAAAUGGUGGAAAUCAUGAUGUAUACACUUGUCGACUCAAUGCACAAGAUGGCGCCGGUUUUGCAGCAGAUUUGGCGAAUAUUGUCAGAAAAACGGUCAUCGGCAAAGUGAAAGGAAGCCAACUCUUGAAAUUUCUUCAAUCGAUUAUAAUGGCAGAAUCCGCUUCCGAUAGAUUCAGCGCGUUUAGCGAUCUUUGCGUUGCUGAUUUUGAUUGGGACGCCUACGUCUUCCUCAAGUUAUUCUCAAGUGGAACUGCUGACAAAGACGAGGAGAUCAAAUUGGUUCGCGAUAACAUUAUAGCGAAAUUCGAGGGAAAGCAUGGUGGCUUGGUUAAUUUGUGGUUGAAUGGAAGAAGUGUUGAUCCGAAAGUUGAACUCGCAAGAAAUUUGACGAAAUCGAUCCCGGAGAUUAUUGAAAAAGUCCUGCCGGUCAUUGUCGAACAAAUUCUUCCACUGGUUGCCAGAGAAGAUGAUGUGGCACUGAAUGAAUUGGCACCACUCUCCAGCCAGUUGUUCUAUAUUAUUGUUCGCGCAAUUCUUGCUGGCGAACGAGAUUUGGUCAAGGAUAUUCACUCGAAGAUUCCUGAAGCUAUCAGAAGAGUAAUGUUUCCUGGAUUGGUUCGCACAAUUGUCAAGGUAAAUUAUUUUCUAAUAAAUUUCCGCUAAAAACAUCACUUUCAGACAUCCAUCACAUUUGUCAGCUAUUUUGUCCAACUUUUCGUUCCGAUCCCUGGAAAUGCUCUCCGGUUUUCUGAAAUGGAACACGCAGGUUUAUACAAAAUCCUCGAUGAACCAUGGAAAAGAGAUGCGUUGCUGAAGAUUCUCUUCGAUUACAAGGCUGCAGUUUCAAGAGAUGUUUUUGGCUUUGCAGUUGAUUUUGGAUCCGAGAGAAGCCAAAUUUUGUUGGCAUUCGAUUUUAUUAUUGAAGUCGUUCAAAAUUAUGGUGGCGAGCUUGAUUUCCUUUGGAUGGAUUUCAAUAUCAAAUCAACGAUUAUUAAAACAUUGAAAGGUAUUUAUUUAAAACACUGUUCAAUAAAUCAAGUUUUUUUUUCAGGAGAAACCGCUUCAACUGUUUCAGCCAAAGACAAUUUGUCAAAAAUCAUCACAGCUCUUGAGAAAAAGCCACAUCAUCCAUGCGACCCAACUCCAUCAUCUUUGAAUUAUACACGUGAUGAAAUUGAAAAAAUCCAUGCAGAAAAGAGCGUUUCGACAAGCGUUAUUUUGAACGGAAUUCAAGAACCGCAAUUGGUCAUUGAUAAUGGAGGAAAAGGAGAUCUUGCAGGAUUUAAGAGUAGCGAGAAUGCAAACGUUGGAAAGGUUUGUUGGAAUUUUGAUAGAUUUUGUUUUUGAAACACCCUCGAUUUUCGCAUGAAAAUUUCUUCCAGAAUAAAAAAAAUGAAAUUCUGAGUAUUUUUAAAAUUAAAAUGAAGGUCACGUUUUUUUUUCGAUAAAAAUCUAAAUUUUUACGUUUUUCGGUUCAAAAUCAAUAAAUUUGUUAUAGGACGAAGUCGAUCUCGCCGCUCAACGAAUCCAAGAAGUUUCAAUCAACGAGACACCAGCGUUCAUUCCAUCAACCCCGGAACCAGCAAAAGUUGAGCAAAAACUUUUCGUCGAAACCUCGCCGGCUCCACCUGAACCAACAGCUUCAGCUUCAUCUCAAACUUUUGGCUCUGGAGAUCACGGAGAACCGCCAAAGCCAACCACGAAAUUCCUAUCUGGUGGAUUCGAUAAUCCACAAUCCAGAGGAUCAUUUGGUCAAGCUCCACCACAACAAAAUCAAAGAGGCGGAUAUCAAAAUUUCGGUGGACAAAGACAAGGAGGAUAUGGAAGUGGCGAUAGACAAGGUUUUGGUAGCGCACGUGGCGGUUAUCGAGGAGGUCGCUCCUAA